AAACUAGUAACAUCGACAGCUGUUUGACAGCUUAGCAAAUUUUCUAAGAAAAUUUCAAUCAUAGACAUAAUUAAUCAGCUUAUUAUUCAUUGUAUUAAUAGUUAUCCUGCAAUUCUUUCUAAAGUAGCAUUUCAAUAAACACUACGUUUAUUAUUUUACUGCUAUGUACGAUGGAAUGUCGAUAACUAAAAAUAGACACAGCUUGAGUUGGUUCGUAAUUUUGUCUUGUUUGUGAUGGUAUAUCAGACCAAUUGAAGAACAAACGCAACCAUGGACAGAAGAGAAGAGCCGAAUUGGACCCUGGGGCCCGUGGGCCUCACAGCAGCCCGAGAAAGGGGUGAAAUUAAUCGGAAAUUCCAGAACAAAUUGACUGUGACCAGAAGUAUGAUAGAAAGACUAGGUUUAGAAAAAGAACUCAAUGGACAUAUGGGCUGCGUUAACUGCCUAGAAUGGAACAGCGAUGGAUCCGUAUUGGCGUCGGCAUCCGACGAUCUCCACGUUAUAUUGUGGGAUCCAUACCGGUAUAGGCAAAUCCACAAUAUCUCAACCGGUCACACGGGCAAUAUCUUCUCAGUCAAGUUCCUGUCCCCGGAUUCGAUCGUGACAUGCGCGGCGGAUGGGUCCGUUCGAGCUCGCAAUAUUAUGAAUGGCGAGACCCUGCUCGAGUGUUCCUGCCACUGUGGCCGCGUCAAGCGUCUAGCCGUCCCACCGGACAACCCGAAUAUACUGUGGUCUGCGGGCGAGGAUGGGCUAAUUCUUCAACACGACCUACGAACCCAUCACAGUUGUACCACGGAUCCAGCGAAUGUUUUAGUCAAUUUGCUUAACCACAUGGGUCGUUACGCAGAGGCAAAGUGCAUCGCCGUCAAUCCGAGGAGGCCUUACCAACUGGCCAUUGGCGCAAACGACGUAUACGUCCGCUUGUAUGAUACACGGAUGAUAAAGUUGACCAAACUGCAGUUCCAGACUGCUAUCCCAGGGACCAGGGGCGUCGUGUAUGAGAGACAAAAUAUUCGCUGCUCUCGCGCGGGACAGGGAGAUCCCGACAAUAACAUACCAGGGAAAGCUGUGCAGUAUUUCGCUCCAGGUCAUCUGUCAAUGCAGCCUAAUGUGAACACUUUCCCAAAGAAAGCGGUGACGUACAUUGCUUUCAGUCACGAUGGCAACGAGAUACUCGUCAACUUGGGUUCUGAACAAGUGUACCUGUACGACAUAAACACAGCUCAAAAGCCAGUGCUGUUAGAAAACUACAUAGUCCAAUAUAACCGCAGCAAAAGCGAGGGGGCCCAGCCUCCUGAAACCUAUACUACCGUGGAACUACCCCCGUUACCUGAAGAAAUUAAACUUAUUAAGGAAACGGCGAACGAGCACGUGAACAAGGGCAACUACAUCGCCGCGGUGGAGCUCUACAACCGCGCCAUAGCCGAGUGGCCGUACAGCGCCGUGCUCUACUCCAACCGCGCCGCCGCUUGCGUGCGCCGCGACUGGCCAGGUGAUGCGUACGCUGCUUUGCGGGACUGCUACAAAGCUAUCGAGCUGGACCCCAACCACGCGAAGUCUCAUUUCCGCCUCUCCAAGGCGCUCAUGGAACUCAGAAGGCCCAAAGAGGCCCAACAGAGUUUGGACUACUUCAAGGAUAGGUUCCCGAGUUUUUCUGACAGCCAUGCGGUCUUCCUGCUACAGAAGGAUAUCAAUUUGGCGCUGGAGAUGUUUGAGUCGAAGCCAGAUGAAAGUAAAUUGAAGUUUUUUUUAAACAUUCUAUUCUAUUUAUCCCGGGGGGAGCCCCCGACGUCGGAGGAGGUCGCACGCAUGCGGAGGCACGCGCAGGACACCCCGUUGCGGCGGUGGACGGAGGACCUGGCCCCGCCGGACCCCGGGCAGUGGACGGUGGACGCGGUCAGGCCGGUCCUCCGGAAGUGGGUGAGGCGGCGGUUCGGGCCGCUGACCUUCCGUUUGGUGCAGGUAUUUUCCGGACACGGGUGCUUCGUAUCUGAUGGAGAUCUCCAGCCGGAAAGCAACCUGGAGCGUAGAUUACGCAGGGCAGCGUUGGAUUACAAGUGUCGUUUCCUCGGGCACUGCAAUACAACCACUGACAUCAAGGAGGCUAACUUCCUAGGACCUGAGGCCAAAUAUGCGGCUGCUGGUUCUGACGACGGCGGCAUAUUCAUUUGGUGUCGCAAAACGGGUAAUAUAAUUCGCUGUCUUCGAGGCGACGAGUCUAUAGUAAAUUGCGUACAGUUACAUCCGAGCAUGUUUCUGCUCGCCACUAGUGGCAUCGAGUCCGUCGUGCGGCUUUGGAGCCCUAGGCCUGAGGACGGAGUCGGCGAGGUCCGCGAGGUGAAGAACCCGAGCAUGGCGGCGGCGGCCAACCAGAAGCGCAUGCGCAGCGACCCGUUCGAGUCCAUGCUGCUCAACAUCAGCUUCGCGGGCGGCGCCGACCGCGACAUGCACUCGCCCGCCUGCCGCGCCACAAUCGCUAAGAGACGUCGCCUUCAAUGUUCCAAACGGAUUCCUGAACGACGACUCUUCAACGUAACAAAAUGGCAUUGCAAGCUAAAACCGACCUUCUCUCUAAAAGAUACAGUUGGAUAUUGUCUGGAAAAUUCUGGUGGAUAGAAUGUUGUGUUUUAAAUGCAAGGUCUGGUCAAUAACAGUGGUGUAGGAGCAAAAACGUUGGCAGACUGGAACAACAUUCCACUACCUUAGCUUUCCUUGGGGAAUAUUAGAGGCGCUCCUAAGCGAAUGGUUAAAAUUACUCGAGUUUGCACAAUGUGGCGUACGAAGUUUUUUUUUUAUAUACAAUUGUAUCUUGGAAACGAUAUUGUUGCUGUGUUUGGUUAUAAUUGCUAACGAUUUAAUGCAAAUAACGCUGGACUGGGAGUUUGGAAUGACUAUUAAAAUUGAAUAUUUUGUGUUGAAAAA